AUGAGCUCCCAAGCCCUAACAGAUAGAGCAGAGGCCCCUCUCACUCGCAGGGACAUGAGAGGAUUCCUGGAAGAUUUUCGUAGCUCGGUGGCAGAGGAGCUGGACAAACGCCCCAUUAUGGAGAACAUGGCGGACCUCACAGCCCGCGCGCAAGCAGUGGAGGACAAUAUGGCGGAGGUGCAAGACAGCGUGCACACACAAGAGGGGGCACUGAAAGACCUCCGUGACUAA